ACUUCAUCUGCUGCUAAAGCCUGGUGUCUCCCGCAAGCUGCUUGAUCAUAAACCGCGGCCGACACGGUUAUGCGAAAUCUGUCUUUUGGCAUUGUUGAGGACAAUGAAAACGGCGUCCAAGUGUGAGAUCACUGCUACCGCAGAUUUACGAUAGCGCGUCCGGGGAUCUAGCAAGGUGGUGGCGAACCGCUCGGAGGGGAGCAGCAGAGCCGGAAGGAGCGGGCUCUGCGCGUCAGGAAAGACCGAGGUUUCACAAAUCGUGAAGGCCGGGAGAGCUGACCAGGCCAGUCCCUGAGCACCGAGCCCAUGGGGCUUUUCGACAAGCUAGCAGGCUGGCUGGGGAUCAAGAAGAAGGAGGUUCACGUCCUGUGCCUAGGGCUGGACAACAGCGGCAAAACCACCAUCAUUAAUAAGCUGAAGCCAUCCAACGCUCAAACACAGGACAUAGUCCCUACUAUUGGCUUCAGCAUAGAGAAGUUUAAAACCUCGAGCUUGUCUUUCACUGUGUUUGAUAUGUCUGGUCAGGGAAGAUACAGAAAUCUCUGGGAGCAUUAUUAUAAGGAAGGCCAGGCCAUCAUCUUUGUUAUUGACAGCAGUGACAAAUUAAGGAUGGUAGUUGCCAAAGAAGAACUUGAUACACUCCUUAAUCAUCCAGACAUCAAGCACAGGAGAAUGCCUAUAUUGUUCUUUGCAAACAAAAUGGACCUCAGAGAUGCUUUAUCUUCAGUGAAGGUUUCUCAGCUGCUUUGUCUGGAAAACAUCAAAGACAAGCCUUGGCACAUCUGUGCGAGUGAUGCUGUUAAAGGUGAAGGAUUACAAGAAGGAGUAGACUGGCUCCAAGAUCAAAUCAGAACGAUGAAAACAUGAAAGGGUAGCAGAAAGGGAGGUGUCUUCUUGACAUUCACCCUGACGACUGAAGAGUCCCCACCAGGAUCAACAGAAACAGAUGCAGCAUCAUCUCUAUUAAAGUCCACCUCUGUGGAAGGACUGCCCACUCUGAGGAAUUCCACUGUAUGGAUCACAAAUAAAUCAUAUAUAUAGAUUACUUCACA